UUCCCAACGCUUCGGGUGCCGCAGCUCGCUCUGCGCCGGGCGGCGGCGAGGGAGGAGGGACGGGAGGAGGAGCCGCCGCCGCGGCCAGAGGCCGGAAUUGUUUCCUGGGCUAAGCGCAGCAAGCUGGGAAAGCGUUUCCGGAGGGCUGGUUACAUCCCGCAGCUGAUGUUGGACGCCGCUUGUGUGGGCGAGAGGCGGCGAGCGGAGGGAGCAGCCCGGGCGGCGCAGCGUUAAAUAUUUCGAUCGUGUACUUUGAAAACCGCUGACAGCGUCUGGUAAUGUGCUGACUGGCACUAUGGGCAGGCGGUACCCAGGGGCUCACUAUCGUCCAAGCAGCUCAUGUAUAUUUCAAAUUAUAAUCCUUUUCCUGAUCCAUUGCUGAAGCCCUGUGAUCCAUGUCAGAAGUACUUCCAGUUGACUCCAGUGUGGACGCAUUGGCUGUGUUUAUGGCAAGCAGUAGCACAACAGACAUUGUGAAUCGCAAUAAUCCUGCCACUCCCCCAAAUACUCUUAACUUACGCUCCUCCCAUAAUGAACUAUUGAAUGCGGAAAUAAAGCAUACCGAAACAAAGAACAGCACUCCCCCAAAAUGCAGGAAAAAAUAUGCAUUAACUAACAUUCAGACAGCCAUGGGCCUUUCGGAUCCAGCAGCACAGCCCCUUCUGGGGAACAACUCUGCCAAUAUAAAGCUGGUGAAGAAUGGAGAAAAUCAGCUUAGAAAAGCAGCAGAACAGGGGCAACAGGAUCCCAACAAAAAUCUCACUAUGACUGCAGGCAUAAACAUAACUUCUGAGAAGUUAGAAGGUAAAGAGCCAACCCCUCAGGAUUCUGCAGGCUGUGAAAUAUUCUCUUCUCAACCUAGGAGGAGCAAGAGCUUCCUAAAUUACUAUGCAGAUCUGGAAACAUCAACCAGGGAACUAGAACAAAAUUUUGGGAACAGCCAUGUAGUGAUGGAGGAGAAAGCGGCACAAAGUAACAGCCAGGCUUCUACCAUGAUUGUCAAUGGGGAUGUGCUGCCUCAGAAACAAAACAAGCUGUCCAGUCCAGAAGAUGGCCAAGUAGCCACUGUAUCAUCAAGUCCUGAGACUAAGAAGGACCAUCCUAAAACUGGAGCCAAAACAGAUUGUGCAUUACAUCGGAUUCAAAAUCUGGCUCCAAGUGAUGAAGACUCCAGCUGGACGACGUUAUCGCAGGACAGUGCUUCUCCAAGUUCACCCGAUGAAACAGCAGAUAUAUGGAGUGAUCACUCAUUUCAGACCGACCCCGACUUGCCACCUGGCUGGAAAAAAAUCAAUGACAUUGCUGGGAUCUAUUAUUGGCACAUACCAACAGGAACAACCCAGUGGGAACGUCCUGUCUCCAUACCAACAGAUCUUCAGAGCUCAAGGAAAGGAUCACUUAAUUCUAUUACCCCAUCUCCUACCCCAGAAACUGAGGACCUUCAUGCAGCCACAGUGAAUCCAGACCCCAGUCUAAAAGAAUUUGAGGGAGCAACAUUACGCUAUGCGUCUUUGAAGCUCAGAAAUGCUCCACAGUCUAAUGAAGAUGAUUCCUGUAGCAUCAACAGUGAUCCAGAAGCCAAGUGCUUUGCUGUGCGCUCUUUGGGCUGGGUAGAAAUGGCAGAAGAAGAUCUUGCUCCUGGAAAAAGCAGUGUUGCUGUGAACAAUUGCAUCAGACAACUGUCUUACUGUAAAAAUGAUAUCAGAGACACAGUUGGCAUAUGGGGAGAGGGAAAAGACAUGUACCUUAUACUGGAGAAUGACAUGCUAAAUUUGGUUGACCCCAUGGAUCACACCAUUCUUCAUUCUCAGCCCAUUGUGAGCAUCAGAGUCUGGGGAGUGGGUCGUGACAAUGGACGAGACUUUGCUUAUGUAGCAAGAGACAAAGACACAAGAAUUUUGAAAUGUCACGUGUUUCGAUGUGAUACGCCUGCGAAAGCCAUCGCAACAAGUCUGCACGAAAUCUGUUCUAAGAUUAUGGCUGAACGGAAGAAUGCUAAAGCUGUGGCUUGCAGCUCUUUACAGGAACGGACAAAUGUCACCCUGGAUGUUCCCCUGCAAGUAGAUUUCCCAACACCAAAGACAGAGCUGGUACAGAAGUUCCACGUCCAGUACUUGGGCAUGUUACCUGUAGUUAAACCAGUGGGUAUGGAUACGCUGAACAGUGCCAUAGAAAACCUUAUGGCUUCCUCUAGCAAAGAGGAGUGGAUGCCAGUUACCAUGAAUGUUGCUGAUGCUACUGUGACGGUCAUCAAUGAAAGAAAUGAAGAACAAAUCAUAGUGGAAUGUCGUGUUCGGUUCCUGUCCUUUAUGGGAGUGGGCAAGGAUGUCCAUACAUUUGCCUUCAUUAUGGAUACAGGGAACCAGCAUUUUGAAUCCCAUGUUUUUUGGUGUGAACCAAAUGCAGGCAAUGUAUCAGAAGCUGUUCAGGCUGCAUGCAUGUUACGGUAUCAGAAGUGCUUGGUAGCCAGACCUCCUUCACAGAAAGUUCGACCACCCCCUCCUCCUGCAGACUCGAUGACCAGAAGAGUCACAACUAAUGUCAAACGUGGAGUCUUGUCCCUUAUUGACACUUUAAAACAGAAACGCCCUGUUUCUGAGAUGCCAUAGCUGCCCAAGGGAAAGGAUUCUUGUAACAUUUAAUUGAAGAUACAGUGGCUACGCUAAAGAAAAUGAACUGAUGAUGUUUGACCUUCCAUUUUAAAUUGCUGAUGCUUUGUCUUCAACGAAUUUAUCCUUAUCAAAACAAUGUUAGACAAGCAUGUUCUCUCGUUCUUGCCAUCAUCAUGUGAUAUGAAAAGACGCAUGAAUAAUUUUUUUGCUGUCAAUGAGUUACAUCAUGAGCAGUGGAAGGUCUAUUUCUGAUUGUAAAUAUACUGAACAUUACCUAAAUUCACACCCAAAAAGCAUAUGGCCACGUCCCUCCUAGUGAACUAAUGUUAAAGUCCUUGGAGUGAAUGAUGCCUGAAUUAUAGUUUCACCAUCUUCUUGAGCUGGAUUUGUCACAAGCAACCCUUAAAUCUUACAGCACUUUGCCCUGUUUUCAACACUGGAGUAGGUACCAAGCAUUAGUUACCAUUAAAUUACUGUGGUAUAAAUACCAAGUUUUAUUUUUACAAAGCUGCCCCUGUUAGUUUUAAAAUGUGCAUUGGCAUUGGUUUAGGAACCACUGUAUAAUUUUGCCUGACAUGCUUUUGAACCACGGUAACCAUAUUUCAUUUAUUGUUUAUAUAUUAUUGUUUUGGAGAAGAAAAGUUUUGAAUAAUUCAGAGCAGGAUGCAUCAGCUUUAGCCUUUUGCCCUAAAACAGACAAAUGCAUCGGGGCCUGUUAAAUCUAUUCUCCAAAAUCCUAUGUGGUGCAACAAAAAUGUCAUUUAUUUAACUGUGGGCUCCAACCAUCUAUGAUUAAGAGAGGGACCUAUUCAAAACCGUUAUAUAUGGCACAAACUGGAAAGUUACACAUUUUCCCUGUAUUACUCCUUGUGUGUGCAAACUUUCAUUGAAGGCCCGAUCACACAGUUCUUUCAUUUGGAGUUUGGUGCUGAGUUAAUAUUUACAUGAGAUGCAAAAGGACUAUCCCGUUUUUGUUGUGCAGACCUAUUCUCAUUUAUACCAUGAUGAAAUUUCAUUUUACUUUAAUGCCCUUGCUAUAGCAGCUCUCAACAAAGGAAUGAUACAGCUGUUCUCUGAUGUGAUGGAGCUAAAUGUAGAGUAACCUGAUUUCAGUGCUUUUGCUCCAAAAGCUCCAGCUAGCUGUGUUAGUCCACGCUACUGUAAAGUCCUUGGCAACAAACUAUGCAGUAUUGCCCCUUACAAUCGUACAUGUGCUAACCUUUGAAUGCACUUAUAUGCUUAUCUUUUUCUUUGUUUUUUCCCCUUGCCCUCUGUCUUUUUACAACUGCAGGUUGGUACAUACAAUAGAAAUGAAAAGUGCAGAUGUUUUUACCAGUGUUAAAAUUUUUCUGCCUCCAUUUUAGACAUCUACUUGGAAGGCUGAACCAUCUGGGUAUGCUGACACUGUAAUUUUAAAGGGACAUUGUCAAGGCUGAUAGGCCCAGAAUUUGACCUAGCUUUCUCUUUAUAUCUAUUCCCUAGGGGCUUUUUGUUUUAAAUUAAUGGUUGCGUCUUUUUUCUUUUUUUAAAAUUGAUCACAGUUGCUACCCAGGAGCUACCCCAGUAACAAACAAAUCAGGCUGUGGAUGAACUUGACAUGACUGAAAUGUGACCAUACUGGCAAAUGAAGGGCUGAUGCUCUACUGGUGUAAAGAGGUGCAGCUCCGUGAACACCAGCUGAGGAGCCAGUGCCCUGAAAUCCUAACUGGUACCUACAAUGGGGCUCUGACCUGGCUGAGGCCUCUAAGCACGACGGCAAUAUAAAGAAUAAUACAACCCACUAGCAUACACUUAGCUAAAACACUUGCCUGCGGUCCCAAUUCAGCAAGAUAUUUAAGCAUGUGCUUAAUAUUUUAAAUUCAUGUUUAAAAUUAUGCAAGUGCUUAAGCCCCAGUGCAGCAAGGUAUUUAUGUACUGCAAUCCUGUUCGGAGAACCAAGGCUACAAGAAGAAACUUGCACUCACAUUCACACCUUUGUUUCUCUCGGUUCCAGUAGUGGUAAUCUCAGUGGUUUCCACUGGGAACAGGGCUGAUACCAUUUUUUUUUUCCACAAUGGUUAUCAGCAGCCAUCAGAUGGUAACCCCACCUAGCCACCACCACCCUGGAUCAUACUAAAAUCACUGAUCUAGAGACAUAAAAUGCUGUAUUCAUUGUCACUCCCCAGAUUCAGCCUGUUAUCUGUUUUUUAAUUAUAGCAAAUAUCUUGACAGUGUCCUUUUACAGUUCCAGUUUGAAACUUUCCCAGGAUUCAGAUUUGCAAUGAGUUUUAAAUAGUAUAAAUACAUUCCAUAGGAGAUCCACUGCAUCUGUGUGAUGCUGCCGCCCCAUGAUGGCAGAUCAGGACCUCCCUUUGUAAUUAAACAGACAUGUUAAAAAGCUGUUGUUUUUAUUCUCUACUUGGUGUGGUUCGGUUUCCUGUUGUGAGGACCAUGAGUGCUUAGCUUGCUUUCAGCAGCAAAGCAUAUAGAGAGAGUCAGGGAUGCAGUUGCAGUAGGUAUUGAAAAGACAAUGGACAGGAAUGUAUUGAAAAGUCACAGAUCAUCUGCAGAUAUUUUGUUUUUAAAAUACCUUUGCUUAUUUUACCAAAAUACUGAUUAAGACCUUGAUUCUGCAAAACCUAGGCAUGUGCUUUAUAAGCACAUUAGUCUCACUAGCUUCAACAGGAUGACCCAUGCUCUUACCAGUUAUGCAUAUACCUAAGUGUUUGCAGGAUCAAGGCCUAAUUUUGUAAAACCAAUUAUAUUAAAACACGAUGUUGACUUACUUUCUGCCAUGGCCAAUAAUUAUGGUUGGUGCAUGUGUGAGAGUAAAUGCCAUUGUUUUACCCAAUGUUGUAGUGACACUUCAGUUACCUAUGCAUUCUCUGUAUCUCGUGUUUCUGUAAGUAGGCAUACACUCUGCCUUGUAUGUCUCACGUCAUUUUUGAAUUAACCUGUUAAAUACAGCUUAAAAUAUUUUUAUUUUAUUUAUUCUAUUUUUACUGAAAUAGCCUGCAUUAUGAUGUUGAUGUACUAUCUUUACUGGACAUGAUCUCACAACAUAUCCAGUGCUAAGUAAUCGCCGUGUACUAUAGGUUGCCUAAAAAGGUGGGUUUUGUAAUUAUUUGUAGUCACAUUUUUAUUGGAGUAUGUAGAAGAAAUGGCAAAACAAUGUGUAAAGCUAAUUUCUCUUAUUUUAUAAAUGCAAAUAGCAAGUUAGAGGCAGAUAUCACAGGCCACCUCAUUAAUAUGCUCCAUUGCAGAAGCAAGGAGAUAUAUAGCCACAGCCAAUGUCUAUAGCUUAAAGCCUUUCCUUUGAGUUGCUGCAGUUUUUAGUUUUUAUUUAAACCACUUAUGAUUUCAUCUGGAAAAAAAAGAACCACCUACAGAUUGCAUGAAAGGACACUGAUCCCACUUACAGAAUAAUGAGUUCUUAGUGAUAAACUUCGUGUAAAGAGCUACCUGUACCUCUUCACACACAAAAAGAAGUCCUUCCUUAGAUUUGCAGGAUAUAAAGCUAUGGAAUAACUAAGACUGUUCUGUGUCAUUUACUAAGAUUUCUAAAUCCCUUUUCUUUUAAUUAUAUCAAACAUGUCAAUGAAGCAGGGAUAUAAAACUGUUAGUAAAUCACAUGUGAAAACAGCUAUUUUUACUUUAAUAGCUGAUGCUGGCUCAGCCUUUACAGCUUUAACAUUAACACUGUUACUUCUAUCUGUGCAGGCUUAGUUAUUUUAAUAUAUUGCUAAAAUCCUGUUUUGUACAGUCACCAAACAAAGGUUUGAUUUAUCUUAGUAGUUGCAAAAGAGAAAGGGAAAAUGCACACUGUUUAUCAGUCAGAGCUCAGUGUUAUAUAAAGCAGCUGAUUGACACUGAAAAUAACUUUUUUUUUUUUGCUGUUGACCACUUUUACACAUUGAUAUGUAAUCUGUUGUGAGAAUAAAUUUAGCUGCAUAAAAUGCUUGAGUCACUUGUCACUAGUCCAUGAAGUUUGGAAAGUAGUUCAUUUCUUGGGACAGAAACUUGGUGGUGGGGGGAAGGAGAAAGACUCUCUGUAUUUACUGUUUAGAAAAGAUACCAGUACAUUGGACAUUUCAGAAGAGAGACCAUGUAUUUUCUGAAUUAUUCAGUGGUAAAUGUUAAGCCAGUAUUAAGGAAAAGGUGGUACUAUGAUUCGCCCUAAUGCCCAGCUUGAAAUAUAAAUUGCUUUUAAGUCCUAGAAAGCAUAUUUUUAAUGGACGGAGGUGUAAGCGGAAGUCAUAUUUGUCUGUUUUAAAGCUUUGGUCAUGGGCUAUACAGCCUUUUACUUGUAUGUUGCUGGUGCAAUUCUGGGUCACGGUGGGACUACCUAAAAUUUGCCACCAGUUGAUGGCAAAAGUGGUUUGUGAACCAAGCAUUCUCUAGCAUCAUAUUGAUCACUGCUGGCUCUUGGACGAUCUGGUCAGAGACUGAACCAGCGCCGGAGACCUAGUCUUCGAUCAGGAUGAGACCCAUUGGUGGGACAGCAGAUGGAAACUUGCACUACCGUGCUGUACCCCAUAUGUGAAUAGAACUUCCACUGCCAGAGCUGUCAACUAGCACCUUUGAAUGAGCACACUGUUUUUAUUUUUAAAAGAGACCGUUUAUACUUAGUUUAUUGUUAUAACACCCACUGUGCAUUAUUAAAAAUGAAAAGAUUUAAAAACCCACUCUUUUGCCUUCCCUUUCCCAACUACAGGAUCUCACACCUACUUUGAGCCAUGCUUAGUAACUAUAUUUAAAAUAAAAUGAAUAUAAUUUUCCCUUUAUAUUUUCCAUUCCCUUUUUCUAAACUGUAGCUUCUUUUCUCAUCCCCAUUGUGAACUAUCAUUGUAAAAUAGUGUCACUUUGUUCUCCUGCUUUUUUCCAGUUGUACAUUGCAAGCAUAGGACUCGAGCCAGGAGCCUUACAAUCAGCCCAGAAGGAGACCAGAGAAUGAAUUAUGAUUCAGUCACAAUUCUUCCCCUGGCAUUUGGGAAGGAGAAGUUCACCCCUUUUCAUGGAUCUGUUUACUCUUGACCAGUGAGGGUGGGUCUGUGGAGCCAAGGCUGCUCCUGUUUACUCACGGUGAGGUAACGGGUGAGCAGCACAAAACUUUUAGCUAUUAGAAUUAUUUCUUUUGUUAAACAGAUCACAUUCAGCAGCACUCAGUAGGAAAACUCACCUUUUAUGAGCACAGGUUCGUUUGUUUCUUUCCUUCCCCUAUUUUUCUUUGUUUCUCUCCCUCCUUUCUUCCUUCUGUAUUUCCCUGGUGGGAGCAAUUCUCAAUUUUCUACUUUAGAUUUCACUCCGCGCCCCCCCCCCUUGCCCUCAUCUAAAAUGAUCACCAGCAGCUAAUAUUGACAUUUGAAAUGUUAUCAUUAGGCUUAGAAUUAACAUCUUAAUUAGAUGAAUUAUCUCUAACUGGUGUCAGGGUUGGCACAAAGAAUCAGGGAGUCAUAACUGGUUCCAGGUACUUAAUUUCAUUUUCCCCCCAUGUCUGGGCUAUUCUGGGUGGUUGGAGAGGGAAGCCAUCCUUUGCUAGGCGCUCCUGUAGAUUGCAGAAGAUCUACAUGCGUUCCUGUCCUGCACAGCCCAGCUGGCACACAGGCAAUGGAGCAGCCACUUUGUUUUUUCCCUGCAGUGCAGAAGUAGGCCUGUCAGUGAGCCGUCGCAGCAGGUAAAGCUUCUCAAGAGUGCUUUCAGGUCAUACUAAAGGUGCUACUAGGGCUGCAAGGGAAGCAGUACACACUACCACCUCCUCAGAGCAAUGCAAAUACUCGUUUUUAAAUGGCAGGCAGCAUAUUUAUUUCAUAAUCAAAUACAAAUUUGAGCCUCAAGGGCCACCCCUUGGAUGCCAGUGAUCUAAUGCAUGGCUUAUUGGUUGUAAGUUCCCCUCUUUGUAUUUUAUGUCGUGGAGGGUGAAAAACCAGUUUUGCUUAUUCCAUUUCUGAAUCAAACCCUUGUCAAAGUAGGCGCAUUUAUCUAGUUCUCCUUUAGAGUCUCUGUACGGAGUAUGGAAUGUAGACACACUAAUAUCUCCUACUUUAUUUUAUUGGAGAACUAGGACAGUUUAGUAAAGGUACCAAUACAAUGGACCCAAGUGAAAUGGGGGGUGGGGGGGAAUCUUACUUUUAAUAUUUAUGAAGUACGCACUUCUGAUUUAAAUUAUAAAUUGGAUAGAAAGUUAAUAAAACCAAUCCUAUUAAAAAAUACGUUGCAUAAUACUUCUGAAGUUGCUAGUUGGGUUAAAUAUCUUAAGUAGUAAGAGCAAUUCUAAAUACAAAUAUCCACUAAUCAUUUCAAACAGGAAGGAAGUUCUGAAGUUCCACCCAAAUUUCAGAGUUAAGAUGUCCUAUGGUUAAGAAAACCUUAUUUCGUCUGGCUUUAAAAAAAAAAAAAAAAAGUUGGUCCACUGGAACGACUGAGAAUGUGAUAAACAAUUCUAGGUUCCUACAAUUAAAUACUUUAAUAGA